CCUAUCAACCUUUCUUCCCAAGAAGCUCCUUUCACGGCUUGUCACAUUCAAAUAUACAAUGGCAGCUGCAACCAUGGCCCUCUCUUCCCCAUCCUUCGCCGGAAAGGCUGUCAAGUUGUCUCCUGCCACCCCUGCCACCCCUGCAAUCCGGGGCAAUGGCCGUGUUUACAUGAGGAAAACGGGCACCAAACCUGCUGCCUCUGGAAGCCCAUGGUACGGUCCGGACAGAGUUUUGUACUUGGGCCCACUCUCUGGCGAGCCUCCAUCUUACUUGACCGGAGAGUUUCCUGGUGACUACGGUUGGGACACGGCUGGACUCUCUGCUGACCCAGAGACCUUUGCCAGGAACCGUGAGCUCGAAGUCAUCCACUGCAGAUGGGCCAUGUUGGGAGCUCUCGGAUGUGUUUUCCCUGAGCUUCUGGCAAGGAACGGAGUCAAGUUUGGUGAGGCCGUAUGGUUCAAGGCCGGAGCUCAGAUCUUUAGCGAGGGUGGACUAGACUACUUGGGCAACCCAAGCUUGAUCCACGCUCAGAGCAUCUUGGCCAUCUGGGCUUGCCAAGUUAUCUUGAUGGGAGCAGUUGAGGGUUACCGUAUUGCUGGUGGGCCACUGGGUGAGGUGACUGACCCAUUGUACCCAGGUGGUAGCUUUGACCCAUUGGGUCUUGCUGAUGACCCAGAGGCAUUCGCUGAGCUUAAGGUCAAGGAGAUCAAGAACGGAAGAUUGGCUAUGUUCUCCAUGUUUGGAUUCUUCGUCCAGGCCAUCGUGACCGGGAAGGGACCAUUGGAGAACUUGGCUGACCACCUUGCUGACCCAGUCAACAACAAUGCCUGGGCCUAUGCCACCAACUUCGUCCCCGGAAAGUGAGCUUAGAGAGUGAGAGCGAUUUGUCUUUUUAUGUUUUCUUUGUUGGUUUGGCGUAAAUUUGUUGUAAAUCCAGGAGAGCAUGAGAAUUUUGUGUCCUCAAAAUGCAAAUUAAUAUGCGCUUCCUAGUAAAUGUUCUGCCAUUUAUGAAUCAAGUCUCUGCAAAUUGCCAAUUAUAA